AUGGACUUGAGUUGGCUGACCAGGUUUUCCUCUCCCAGUGAGUCGUUCGACGCGAAUGCGAAUAUGGCGAACAUCAGCUAUGCGAGCACAGCGCCUGCUGCUACGACUGGUGGACAGGGCAACAAUCCGCCCGUCUGCCAAAACUGCGGCACCUCGACCACGCCCUUGUGGCGCCGCGACGAGCUGGGCUCCGUUCUUUGCAACGCCUGCGGACUGUUUCUGAAGCUGCACGGGCGGCCUCGCCCGAUAAGCCUGAAGACCGAUGUAAUCAAAAGUCGCAAUCGCGUCAAGACUGGCCAGGGUCCUAAGCGCAAGUCUGGCGGCCCGAUCGAUACCAAUGGCCUGUCUGGGGCCACCGAGGCUGGGACUCCUCUCGGUUCAAAUGCUUACCGUCGCGCUUCGCGUAAGAUGUCCCCGGGUCACUCGGAUCGCUCGAACUCCCCGUUGUCGCGAACGGAGACCCCGGGGUUCGGGUCCAUGCAGGCACACAACUCGAACAUCGCCCCGCAACAUAUGUUCGAUCAGGUCACUGCUGGUCGUGACAGUGGACUGGGCUCCUCCGGUCUUCCUUCCCUUCCGCUUCGACAGCCCUCUCCCUCUGCCGUCGAUCGUCAACUCGAGUCUCCUCAGACAUACGAAAGCCUGCUGGCCCUCAAUACCUCCCUCAAGACCCGUGUCAGUGAACUUGAUCUGAUCAACGAGCUGUUCCGCGGUCGAGUCGCCGAACUCGAGCAGAGUGACGCGAGCGCGCGUCGCUCGGAGAUGAUUGCGCGGGAUUCGGAAGCUCGCCUGCGCCGUACUCUGGAAGAGACCCAGCGCCGCGAGGAAGACUUGAAGCGUCGCGUCAGUGAACUCGAGCGUCAGGUCGGUGGUAGCGGUUCCUUCGAUGCGGAUAGCUCUGAGCCCUCCGCUAAGCGCAUUCGCCUUGCCGAUAUGGUAGAACAUUCUCCUGAGGAAUCGCCAGCGCCACCCAAGUCUCCCAAGAGCACCUAAGCUCUCUCACCAUCUUCCGGUCAUUACACAGUGCUUCCACCUUCCUCACCCCCUGUUCUGUGUUUUUGAGCUCAUCCCGCGAUUGCUGGAACGUCCGAUCUUCCCUGGUCCUUUUGAUACCCUUCCCGACUCUUUCCUCGGCUGGAAUUUUCAACAUACAAAAAAGCUAAUUCUCGCCCGUUUGUCUUUCUUUUCUUUUCUUCCCUGGUUCGCCGGAUGUUUCGCAAAAGCUCUCCUUUUAAUUUCCUUUCUGCGGGUUGUGUACGAAAAUUUCCAGUAUGCUUUAAUGGUAUUGUCCCUUUUUUUUUUCUUUCUUCUAUCACUCCUCUGAUGAGGACAGGGGAUGUGGAAGGUCGGCCAGGUGCACGCGGUGGAACUAUGAGAAAAAUGAAAAUUUACAAGCUAUUUUCUGAGUGCUUUAGAAGGUAUUUUCUGUUAUCGUUUGCUUUUGGACGGGCUAGCUGGUCUGUAGGUCUUGCCCAUUUGUCGAUCUCGGUGCUUAGGUUCCUGUGUUAUGAUUCAAUCCUCUCAUAGACUAGCAAUAGGUGUCUAUGGGUGUUAUUAGGUGUGUUAGCCAGCUUAUACGACAUGUCAAUUGGACAGGUUGUGUUUUCAAUCCUAUCUACUUCAACUUUGG